GAGCAGCGCCGCGCUUGAAUAAGGUGCAACGUCGAGAAUCAUGGAGAAGUACGAAAACAUCGAGGUGGUCGGCGAGGGCAGCUACGGGAUCGUGAUGAAGUGCCGACACAAGGAGACCGGCCAGGUCGUAGCCAUCAAAAAGUUCCUCGAAUCCGUGGAUAACGUGCACGUGAGAAAGUUGGCCUUUCGCGAAAUUCGCAUGCUCAAGAGACUGAGGCACGAGAAUCUCGUGAGUUUGAUCGAAGUCUUCAGGCGGAAAAAGCGCUUCUACCUCGUUUUCGAGUAUCUGGAUCACACGAUUCUCGACGAGCUCGAGGCGCUCGGCGGCGGCCUCGGCUUCGAACUUUCCCGUCGCCAUAUUUUCCAAGUGCUCCGUGGACUCAACUUCUGUCACGGCAAUCACAUAAUGCACCGCGACGUGAAGCCGGAGAACGUGCUGGUGUCGCCGAACGGCGUGAUCAAGCUCUGCGACUUUGGGUUCGCGCGCAUGGUGAGCGGGGCCAACGAGUCGUGCACGGACUACGUGGCGACCAGGUGGUACCGGGCGCCGGAGCUGCUGGUCGGCGACCCGCGCUACGGCCGCGCCGUCGACACCUGGGCCGCGGGCUGCCUCUACGCCGAGAUGCUGAGCGGCGAGCCGCUGUUCCCCGGCGACAGCGACGUGGACCAGCUGUUCCGCAUCACGAGGCUGCUGGGUGAGUGGGCCCGGCGGGCCGGCCGCGAGAGCGCCCCGAUAACCGGCGACUGCACUCGCGCAGGCGGCCUGUGCGCCCGGCACCAGGCCCUGGUGGGCCGCGGCGCGCGCAGGCCCGGCGCCGAGGGCCCGGCGCCCGCGGGCGGCAGCGCCGGCGGGCCGCGCUCGCUGCGCGCGCUGCUGCCCGGCUGCGGCGCCGCCGGCCUGGACUUCCUCUCGCAGUGCCUGCGCAUGGACCCGGACGCGCGGCCCAGCUGCGCCCAGCUCGCGCAGCACCCGCUCUUCAUGCAGGACGGCUUCGCCGACAAGUUCCUGCUGGAGCUGCGCGAGCAGCUGGCCAAGGAGGCGGCCGGCAAGCCGCUGCUGCGGCUGCGCCGGGACGAGGAGCGCCGCCUCAGCGUGCUGUCGCUCGACGAGCCGCCCGCCCGGCCCGGCGCCGGGCCCGCCAGGUGGCGCAUGCGGCUCGCCAGGGACGCGUCGCUCGGCGCCGACGGGCCGGCCCCCGACGACCAGCGCCCGCAGCCGCAGCCACAGCCACAGCCGCAGCGCCAGCGCCAGCCCCAGCCCCAGCCCCAGCCCCAGCCCCAGAGCCACCUGUCACGGCCGCGCGAGCUCUGCCUCAUCGGGCCGGUCAGCGUCGCGCCGAACGCCACCUACAUUCGGCGCCUCGAGCACCGGGGCCUGCUGCCGGCCCUCGAGCCCGGUGCCGCCCGCGGCAGGGCCCCCUUCGCUCUGCCGGCCCUGUCGUCGUCCUCGUCCUCGUCGUCGAGGCAGCCCGCCGGCAAGAGCCUGGGCAGCAAGCGCACCAAGCUCGAUCCGCUGUCGUCCCACGUGCUCGGCUGACGGCACCUCUCCAACGGCGGAUCCUAGUCGGGCGUCGGCCUUCGCCUCUCCCUUCCUUCGUUGGGCGCGUCGUUCAGCGUUUUCGAUCGUUUUCCCCGCGCCGCUGUUUCGGCAAGCUGCCAUUUCCUUCGGUUGCGUGUCAAACUCACUCGUCGAGUACUUUCUGUGUAUUUCAUUGUCGCGACGCGUCGAUUCAACUUUAUAUCGGUACAACGAUGUGAUAAAUUUAGCUGUAAGGUUGAUUGUUAGGUGAUCUACGUAUGCAAUGAAUUUCGAAUAGCUUCGACGGGAGUCUAGCGUAAAGAAAAAUUGAUCAAAUUCGCUGAAUCAAUGCGCUCCAACAUUUCGACACCUAGCAUGCUAUAAUCCAUCUGUAAAUUAUUGAUUACUCGCAAAGCUCAUUUUGUAAAUACACCGAAUGUAAAUUAACGUUAGGAUGUUAGUGGCUGCAGCCAAAUAAAAUGUAUUUUAACUUCUCGUCGUUGAGAGUUUAAUCUACAGAGUUUAACGUUCGUGUGUAGAAGGCAAAAAGUGAAAAUUUAUAAAUAGAUGUAUGUAUAAUUCAAAAUUCGAUUAAAUUGUUUAUAAACCAAAAAAUUGCGGUAGCUUUAGCUGCUUGCACCUCGCACCCUCCUAAGUUUUUCGCGUCUUAUGCAGUGUUCAAGAUUAAUUAAACUAUUUGAAAGAAUUGAAUUGGAAUUAUAUAAAUAUAACAUAAA